GGUGGAGCUUUAGAGCGGAGAGGCGCCCCGUCCCCUCAGCACCGGCGGCUGCCCUGGGAGCAUCUCGUCCCUGUACGCGGCUGGUGCUGAGGGCAGGAGGAUGCUGAGCGAGCUCUCUUUGCAGUUCUUGGAGCAGAAGUACGGCUAUUUCCACUGCAAGGACUGCAAGACCAGAUGGGAGAGUGCUUACGUGUGGUGCAUCUCCGGGACUAGCAAGGUGUACUUCAAGCAGCUCUGCCGGAAAUGCCAGAAGGGCUUCAAUCCCUAUCGGGUGGAGGCAAUCCAGUGCCAGACCUGCUUCAAGACUCGCUGCACCUGCCCUCAGAAGAAAAGGCACAUUGAUCUCACAAGACCUCAUCGCCAAGAACUCUGUGGCCGUUGCAAAGGCAAGAGGCUGUCCUGUGAUAACACCUACAGCUUCAAGUACAUUGUCUGAUUUGCGUGCCUUCCAGCAGUUUGCGCUCUGCCUGUUUGUCUUUUGUGAUGUUUUGACCUUAGGCUUUUGACCUGGCAUUGGAUAAUGGAUGAAGACUUGUGUUAUUUAUUAAAAUAUUUAACUUUAUUGUAUAUAUGCUGCAAUUAAAGUUCAAUAAAAGUUUGCACUGAUUUGUUACCUGCUUGUUUCAUCUUGCUGUGAUAAAGGAGGAAAGCUUAUCUGGAAAGAAACGACCAGAUUUCCACAUAGGUUUUGGUUUUAGUCUACCUUUAGGUAAGGUUUAGUAUGUAGUAGCAAACAGCUUCUUUCACUUGAACUGAACUCGUGUGGAAGAAGGUUGGGGGGGGGAAAUUGUGGUAAAGGUAUCUGCAUGUUUCUUCCCCCUUAACAAAUAUAUAUUUAAAAAAUCAAACAGCAAGUUUCUGAGGAUACUAUGUGUGUACCUUGUAAGAGGAGUAAGCUGGUGUAUCUUCAAAAGCUUUUUGAGAUGGGUUUUCUAGUCUGUCUAGACACUGCAGCUACAGGAACUGUUAUACUACAAUUGCUUAAUUCAACCACA